AUGCUUCGUGUUGGAAGAAUCUGUACAAGACCGAAUUCAGCCCGUGCUGUAUUUGCAUUCCUUGCGGGUCCACAACCUUUCGCUGGUCGUGGCAGCACGUAUCGCUUGGACAGUAAGUUUCUUGGGUCUAAGUGCACCGGUGAUGAACAUAUAGGAUUCCUGAACCAGAAACCUCAUGUUGGUAGUUGCGGCGCUUGCUUUUCCACUGCUACCGAAACGGUUCUGGUCCAAGCCCGUGACUCGUCUCAGCUAGCGUUGGAGAUAGAGAAUGCGAUCGAUCAGAAGAGGUUUGAUGAUGCAUGGAGGGCAUAUGAGAAGCAUGUUCACAUGGACGGAUUCCCAAGAAAGUCUGUUUUGAGUAAGCUCAUCAGUGGCUUCGCGGUGACCUGUGAUGCUCACAGGCUUAACCAGUCAUACAGUGUGGUCGAUCAUGUGUCUCGAGACAAGUUUGAAUUGCUGGAGAGGGAGCCCCUGAUUUACCUAUCUCUUAUUCUAGCACGUUGCGCUCUUCCUGAUCUUGCAGUCAAUGUUGUGAGGAAGUUAGUAAAGAUGGAAAUAUACCCUCCCGUUGCUGCAUGGUCUGCGAUCGUAGCACACAUGUGUCAAACUGCAACCGGUUCGUUUCUUGCUGCCGACAUGGUAAUGGAGAUUGGAUAUCUUUUCCAGAAUAAUAGAGUUGAUCCGCGCAAGAAGAGCAAUCGUCCAUUGCUAUCAAUGAAACCCAAUUCAUUUACCUUCAGCAUAGUUCUGACCGCAUCCCUCUUGUUUGGCACUACUAAAAAGGCGGAGCAGCUUCUUGAAUUAAUGCCCAGGAUAGGGGUGAAACCGGAAGCUAGCUUGCUGAUUGUCAUGGCCCGUAUAUAUGAAAAGAAUGGACACAAGGAUGAGAUUCAGAAGUUGAAGAGGCAUGUUGAUGAGGCCUGUGGUCUAAGUGAAUCAGAAUUCAGGCAGUUCUAUGAUUGCCUGCUCUCCUGUCAUUUAAAAUUUGGGGAUUUGGAUUCUGCUGUGGAUAUGGUGUUGGAUAUGCUUAAAAAGGGUAAAAAUGCUAAACGAUCAAUAGAAGCAGCUAAAGCAGUCCUCGAAGCAGUUGAGAAUAACAAAAUUUAUCUUCCUUAUGACAAAGCAGGCACUGAAAAUCCGGGUUCCCCAAAUAAAUCUAUGUCUACUGAUAGCCAAAUGCUGAACUAUGUUUCAUUCUUCAAAGACAAGAGCUUUGCAAAGCUUGAAUUAGAGGCGAGAGAAUUACACAAGUUAUCAUCAGAUAAGCUCCAGGAACAUGUCGGACUAGUUAAAUCUGAACAUGGUAUCCUCCAUCCAACUGAAACAAUGUAUGCCAAACUUGUCAAAGCUUUUCUGGAAGCAGAUAAGAUCAGUGCAUUGGCAUCAUUUCUUGUGAAAGCAAGCAAAGAAGACUCUCCAGUCUCUGUUGAGAGCUCCUUUGUUGUCCAAGUAAUAAGCGCAUGUAUUUCUGUUGGGUUAUUAGAGCAAGCACAUGAUCUUCUUGACGAGAUGAGAUUUUCUGGAAUUAGGGUUGGUUCUUCCAUUUAUUCGUCGCUCCUAAAAGCCUACUGCAAGGAGGGCCAUCAUGAAGAUGAUAUAACUGCACUUCUGAAGGAUGCUGAUCAAGCAGGAAUUCAGUUGGACUCAAGCUGCUAUGAACAUUUGAUACAAUCCAGGGCACAUCGCAAUAACACCACAGGUGCUCUCCAUCUUUUUAAAGAGAUGAAGAACUCAAACAUUCAAAGAUCUGGUCACAGGGAGUUUGAGAUGUUAGUACAAAGCUGUGAUAACAGUGAAGCUGCUUUGACGACUAAGCUAGUAGAAGAAGUCAGAAGUGGCCAUACGGUUAAUCAUGCUAUUCAUGACUGGAAUAAUGUUAUACAUUUCUUCUGUAAAAAGAGAUUAAUGCAUGAUGCUCACAAAGCACUGAGCAAGAUGCGUGUUUUAGGCCACAUGCCAAAUGCACAAACUUUCCAUUCUUUAGUAACUGGUUAUGCUGCUGUUGGUGGAAAAUAUGUGGAGGUGACGGACUUGUGGGGUGAAAUGAAAGUUCUGGCGAACUCCAACUCAAUGAAAUUUGAUCAAGAACUAUUGGACUCUCUGUUGUAUUGCUUUGUGAGAGGUGGUUUCUUUCUUCGAGCAAUGGAAGUUAUAGAAUUGAUGGAACAAUGCAAGAUGUUUAUAGAUAAAUACAAGUACAAGUCCCUGUGGCUUAAAUAUCACAGAACAUUGUACAAAGGUAAAGCUCCCAAGGUGCAAACAGAAGCUCAAUUGAUAAGGAGAGAAGCAGCAUUACAUUUCAAGAGAUGGAUUGGGUUGACAUGAGAGUGAGAUUCUAUGAGCACUUCUAAAGUUAACCACAGAGCAUCCCCAAUUAUCAACUUGUGCAAGGGAAGAGGAUCACUACGGCCAACGGGAGCUGAGACACUUCCGACGGAAUUGGUUAUCUUAGAUCACCUACAAGUAUACAGUUGGUGCUGCACUUUUAUCCCAUUUUUCCAAUAGCGAGCUCCUCUUAAGUGGCUUGGCUUGUAUUGACAUUUUGCUGAAGCUCCCACUGAACAUGUGCGCCAAUUUGUUAAAUGUUAGACAAACAGGCUUUGUGAUUUUUAGAAGGUGGAACAUUGCACUGCGAUGCGAGCUUUAAACUACUAUGUGCGAUGGAUGGUGUGAUGGGAACACAUGAUGAAGAAACUAGAAAGUUUUUCAAGCAUUCUUCAGUCAUUUGUGUUUUUUCACCUUGAUAUGCCAGCAGUAAGCUGAGUAUUUUCAAAGAACAGGCAAGUUCUGGCAGUAGGUUUCCUAAGGCAAGUGCGAAUGGACCAAGACAACUUUGGUAUGAUUUGCACUGUAAGAAUGAUGGACUAGCUGUCUAUGACGUCUUUUUUUUAGCAUCGCCAGAGAAAGGUAUCCAAGUUCCGCGAUCAUGUUCCAAAUGAUCAUGUUAGUUUGCGGGUUUCAAAAGAACAAGAUUCUGAAAAUUGACAUGUUCAGGUCUUAGCACUAUUCUUGUAAGUUCUGCUUAUGGUAACAAUUGUGAAUUCUAGUCACUUGGAGCGAAACAGGCACACACACAUAAUAAGCGCAUGUAUUUCUGUUGGGUUAUUAGAGCAAGCACAUGAUCUUCUUGACGAGAUGAGAUUUUCUGGAAUUAGGGUUGGUUCUUCCAUUUAUUCGUCGCUCCUAAAAGCCUACUGCAAGGAGGGCCAUCAUGAAGAUGAUAUAACUGCACUUCUGAAGGAUGCUGAUCAAGCAGGAAUUCAGUUGGACUCAAGCUGCUAUGAACAUUUGAUACAAUCCAGGGCACAUCGCAAUAACACCACAGGUGCUCUCCAUCUUUUUGAAGAGAUGAAGAACUCAAACAUUCAAAGAUCUGGUCACAGGGAGUUUGAGAUGUUAGUACAAAGCUGUGAUAACAGUGAAGCUGCUUUGACGACUAAGCUAGUAGAAGAAGUCAGAAGUGGCCAUACGGUUAAUCAUGCUAUUCGAGGAUGGGUGACAUGGAGACCGAGGCUGGGAGGAUGAAGUUGCUCCGGUGGUGUAGGAGGUUCCCGUAGUGGAGACGCUUCUGUUGUUUUUUAGAUGCUGGGAGUUGUGGGGAUUUGGAGGCAGUGCAAAGUUUUCAAAUAAUCUGGGAGUUCGCAGGCUUUAGAGUUAUCUCUGUAGUCUUUGAAUCCUCAUUUCUUUGGUCUGUAAAACUGAACAGGUUGAUGGGUGUGCGUUCCGGUGGUUGUGGAGUUUUGGUUGAAACUUUGUAGCUGGGUUUCUAUUAAUGGAAA